GAUAGAUUAGGUUCAAAGAUUCGAUGUUGCGAGCAUAUAUAUUGAUAGCCAAAAGUAUCCCCGUUUCUUGUGGUAUUCUUGCCCUCAAGUCGGCGACGCUGUUGGCUUGGCCUGAGAACUGCAGAGAUUGAUGGAGUUCUGCCCGAUGUGUGGGAACCUGUUGCAGAUCGAGCCGGCGGGGAGCGGGCGGCGGCUGCGCUUCUUUUGCCCCACCUGCCCUUACGUCUGCCCCGUCAUCAACAAGAUCGUCAAGAAGCAGCAUUUGGCGAAGAAAGAGUUGGAGACCAUCUUCAGCGGAGCCGACGCCAUGAAGUUUGCCCCCAAAACCGCAACAACCUGUCCAAGAUGUCACAAUGGAGAGGCAUUCUUUAGACAAAUGCAAAUUCGAUCCGCUGAUGAACCAAUGACAACAUUUUACAAGUGCUGCAAUGAUAAUUGUCAACAUGAAUGGCGAGAUGACUGAUAUACCAAACGUGACUAUAUCCAAUGCCAUCUAAGAGUUAAAUUCCAUGCAUUUUUCUGGUUAUGUACACUGUCUUAUUAGAUUAUGGAGGUGACUCCAAGACAAGAUAUGAAAAUCCAAAAUAUUAAUACUAGGCAUUUGUCAAUUGAACUUAUAAUUUGAGUGGACGUUUACUUAA